GCGAUUCGUUGUGAUCGAGAUCGAGGCGUACAGGCGGUACAGGUUAGCGUCUAACCAAGAGAAUUCAUCAUUUAGCGUGAUGUUUAUUUAUCUUCGAGGGCUAUAAAUAAGGAACAGACGUCAUUUCUGCAGGUAACCGAGCGAUACCCUGGAGCCACAAAAUUCUCCUCUAGACGUAAGGCCGGGUACAACCCAAAUGACAAAUACCAUGGGUGGAGCCCACUUAUGUACGCCACAGUCCAUCUUUCAGCAGAUUAUGAACCAACAGAAUCCGCAGCAGCAACAGAAUGGGCCAUGGUUGCAAACACCCCAGGUACCACCUAUAAGCAUUCCGUGGAGUGUACCAGCAUUGCAACAAUCGGAAUUGGUUAGGUUUACUGGAGAAACCAGCUCAGGACCAAUACUUCAUCAGAAAAGAAAAUUAGAAGCGCCAGAUGUUGUAGAUAUGCGUCAAACAAAGCAGUUUAUAACAGAGGAAAAAAUAGCUGCACAUUUCAAAGAUCUACACAUUAGUUCCAAUUAUGAAUCUGAUAGGCCAGUGCCAUCAACUUCCACUGCUCACAUAUCUUCCUGUCGUAAGCAAUUAGAUAUGGAUCUGGAUAUUGAUGGGAAUGCAAUAAAUACCGAACAAAGCGAGUUACAUCCAAGAUUGGUUCUUUCAGAGGAACUGAAGCGAAUGCAAGAAGAACCUAUUCUGCCAUCGGCUCUUAUAACCAAAUUAGAGAGGCCUUCUAUGGCACUAGUCCUUUGGGAACCACCAAACAGACAUCUUCGUAUCCUGCCAACGAGAGAUACUCCAACUCCAAUCCCGAACACAUCCGACAAUAAUAAUAAUAAUAACAAUAAUAAUAAUGAUACUAUUCCCGAUCUAAAUAACAUGUCAUCCAGUGCCACAUCAGCGUUCGAGCCAAUGGACUUAUGAGGCUCUCUGGUUAGUACAUUUAUCUUCGUAUACAUUGAACAUGAAAAAAAUAUAAAUAUUGUACUCUGGAAAAAAGUUUCAACAUUCUGCAAAGCUGUAAAGUAGACUAGAAUAAGGGAUAAAGUACGUUCUGUGGUUUUUCCUAUUGUACAAUAAUCAUUUUAAGUAACGUGUUGCAUUUGUGUGUGAACCAUGUCUCUAAUAUUAUUUUUAUUCGAUAAUCCAUGGAUUUUGUUAUUUUAUUAUACUUUGUCAUGAUUUAACUUUUUAAAUACAAUAUAUUUCUUGCAUUGUAUGUAUUCUUUAUCAUAUCUUAUUUUGUUACAAUUUUUUAUUUAUAUCAUGUGUAAUAAGUAUAAGCGAGAAAUUAUUAUUAUUAUUAUAAAAAUAUUUGUGUAACUAUUAUAUUUACUGAAAUAAUGUGUUGAAGUUGAAAAAAUGAUAAGUAUGUAUAUGGCACUUUAAAGAUACUGAAUAUUUUUUUAAUGACAGAUUUUUUGGCUAGUUUACAAUCCAAAAUUUUCUUUGGCAUAAAUAUGUAGAAAGACCACUGUACAUUUAUUGCAAUUUUUUAAUUUUUUACGUUUUACGAAAAAUUGGGACAUCGGCAAAUCUGGAACAGAAAUUCUUAGAAUAGAGAAAACUAAUUAUAUAUAUUACUAACAAUUUUUUUGCAGUUUAUAUUUUGCAUGUAAUAUUGAGAAAAUGGAAAAUGAAUAUUGAAAAGUGAGACAUAAUAAAUGACAACAUGUAAUAUGCGCGCGUGUUUAUUGUGAAUGAAUGGAUACAAGUAUGUAUUUUACAUUAAAGUACAAUAUAAUAAAA